UGAAAGCCAUAAUGAAAACUGCAUCCAGCUCAUGAUGUACAUCUUUCCUCGUCAGUUUGGCCUCCACAACGUUUUCACGUCAGUCGUAGACCGCCAGCAGACCACCCAGAAGUUCCAGGACUACACGCUGCGCGAGGACGAGAUAGCAAAGAAGUUCCCCAAAAAGGACAAGGAUGACCAGCCCAUCAAGCAUAUACCAAAGAGGCUCAGAGGGGGGCCAAAACAGUUGGUCCAGCGCCUCCAGAUACUCCAUGGGCGCUGCUCAUAUGCCAGCAUGCUCCAGCAUUACUGUCCGAUCGCCGAGCAAGUUGUGGUCGAGGAGGAAACGUCCGACUCGAGCACGAACAAACCACCGCUACCACAACUAGCACCACAGACCAGCAAGCGCACCAAAGGCCGAAGCAUGUCACAGCCAGCCCAGUCAUCUGUGCCUCCACUGCAGUACAACCUCCUCACCGAGUUGGCAACCCCACUUGCCAACGUCUCUGCCUUUUGCCAGGCUAUCUUGUCAAGGAUUAUUCCAAACGACUUUUGGGGGGAAGGCACUUUGCAGGCACAGAACAAAAAGACUUUCCUCAAGAUGGUCAACCACUUUGUCCAUUUGAGACGCUUCGAGAGCAUGUGUCUCCACGACGUUGUGCAAGGCAUGAAGGCAAGUUGGCAGCGCCCCUAUUUCCAACCGACCCCUGAUAUAUAGCGACCAAAAACACUGACACUUGCUGCACAGAUACGAGAUCUCGAGUGGCUCA